UCGGCACUUGGUGAGGUGCACGCCGACGAGAGGGAGUGAGAGGGAGAGGGAGAGGGAAAGAUUAGAGAGAAAAAGGGCGAGACGGAACUGGCACCAGACAGUACCCGUGUGGCCGCCUGUGAGGGUAGUGGGUGCUUCUCUUCACCGCUGCUUUUUUUAAAGUUCCCGCUAAGACACGCAAGCACCCGCCUUCCGGGCCACACCACACACGCACCGCCAUGGACUGCGACAACAUAAACCGUGAAGAUGCCGUGUACCGGAGCACCGUUGUGGCCCUGGAGGGAGACGCCCCAAGCCCCCCCGGAGGCGUCUUCUACUUCCUCAGGAACAAGGCGGGCCGGUGCCUGAGCCGCAAGACCCUGCACCGCCGCCUGCCGUGCCUGACGUGGCUGCGCAGCUACAACGCGGAGUGCCUCAUGGGCGACCUGGUGGCGGGCUUCACCGUGGGCCUCAUGAUCAUCCCGCAGGCCCUCGCGUACGGCAUCGUGGCGGGCCUCAGUCCUAGUGACGGCCUCUACUCGGCGUUCAUGGGCUGCUUCGUCUACUUCCUGCUGGGGUCCACCAUGGAGAUGAACAUCGGGCCCACGGCGAUCAUGGCGCUGAUGACCUACCAGUACAGCAGCGGCGGGUCGGAUUACGCCGUGCUCCUGUGCUUCAUCUCCGGCAUCAUUGAAACGCUCGCGGGAAUCAUCAACUUGGGAUUCCUCAUCAACUUCAUCUCCCAGCCCGUGAUAAGCGGCUUCACCUCCGCCGCCGCCAUCACCAUCGCCUCCUCGCAGCUCAAGCCACUCUUCGGCCUCUCGCUGAAGACUCGCGGCCUCGUGGAUACAUGGGUGAAGGUCUUCUCUAACAUCAAAGACUUCAGGUGGCAAGAUCUCACCCUCGGCCUUAUCUGCAUCGUUCUCCUUUUGAUACUGAAGGAGGUUCGGUCCAUCCGGUGGCCGUGUCUGGACCCAAGCAGCCGCAACCUCGGCCAGCGGAUACUCAAGAGGGCCAUCUUUUACCUGUCGGUGGGACGCAACGCUCUCAUAGUCAUCAUCGCCUCGAUCAUCGCUUACGCCCUGGACGGAGAGGACCAACCCUUCACGAUAACUGGUCAUGUCGAGCCUGGCAUCCCCAAGCCCUCCCUGCCGCCCUUCUCCACGGUCAACCCCAACACCAACGAGACAGUCACCUUCCCGGAGAUCAUGAGCGACAUCGGCAUCGGCGUGGUGAUGGUGCCCUUCAUCGCCACCCUGGACCACAUCGCCAUCGUCAGCGCCUUCGCCAAAGGCCGGACCUUCGAUGCCACCCAGGAGAUCAUCACACUGGGCAUUUCCACACUGUGCGGCUCAUUCUUCGGGUCCAUGCCCAUCACUGGCUCACUCUCUCGGUCUGCUGUGAACCUGACCAGCGGUGUGAGGACGCCAGCGGGAGGCCUGGUGACGGGGGUGAUGGUGCUGCUGGCACUGGCCUUCCUCACCCCAGCCUUCAUGUACAUUCCCAAAGCCACAUUAGCCGCAGUGAUCAUCUGUGCAGUCAUUCAUCUUGUUGACUACUCGAUUGUCCUGCCUCUGUGGCGGAGCAAAAAGAUUGACUUGAUACCCCUGCUGGUGACCUUUGUGACCUGCCUCAUGUGGGGGCUGGAGUGGGGCAUCCUGCUGGGCAUUGUUGUCAACCUGUCCAUGCUGCUCUUCUCUAUUGCCACGCCGUCAGUCAAGGUUGCCCUCAUUCCGCCAGGGAAGCAACAUGGUGGCUAUGUCCUGGUCACCCCAGCACACGGCAUCAGCUACCCAAGUACAUCUCACAUCCGGGCCGCCAUCAGGAAGGCUGGGCUCAAGCAGGCCGGCGGCUCAGUCCCUGUUGUGAUUGACUGCACCUUCAUCGAUAUGGCGGAUUACACGUCAGCCAAGGGCAUCAAGGGCAUGGUGGAGGACUUCCAGCUCCGAGGGCAGACACUGAUCUUCCUGUGCAUGAAGCCACGGGUGAUGCAGACAGUGGCUGCCCUGCAUGACGGCAUCACUGUCUGCUCCAGCCUUGACGCACUGCCUGAAGCCCUCGCAGACGGAGAGACAGAGGUGGGCAUGGUCGAGACAGUUAAUGGCGAUGCCUUACACCCAGGAGGAGAGCUUGUUGUGUCCACCAUGAUCUCCACGCCAACCUCCGACACGAGUGAUGCAGCCAACCCUCUGCUCAGCACAACCACCUUCUUGGACGAGAAGUAGCAGACCUUGACGCCCGUCACAAACACAAACGUGUACUCCCUAGCACUCACAAGCUUAGCAGAUGGUCCAGGAAGCCAUCUGGCCUUUCUUUAAACUGGUUGGUAACUAUGAAAGAGUGUUUGUAAAUUAUUAGUCUUGUCUUGCUGGCUGCACCAAUAUCAUUCAUAGAUUGGGUGCAUCCUGUAAAGUUUCUAAAAGUCCAUUUGUGCCUGAGAUAAUGACCUAAGGCUUCCAGCAGUGUGCAGUGUUAGCUGAUGAGGGCGUAGCUAAUUAGCUAGUGGUGACACAGGCACCAGGGUUGGGAACACACAGUGGCUGGCCAGUGGUUGCAGUACUCUGCAGGGAAGCUGUGCAGGGGAGGAGGUGUAAUUCCUGGAUGUGGGCUUUCAGUCAAAAUACCUCAAGAUUAGCAUGAAUCAGAAUUACUUCCAGGAGAGGUAUUAGAGUGCAGAAUAUAAAUGGGAAAAUUAGGAUGCAAAUGAUCAAAUCAAAACCACUUAAUAAUUCAAAUAUUAUCUCCAUCAUUCAGUUAAUACAAAUAAUGAAGUAAGCUGCAACAUAGCUUUUAAUAAUCAUUGAGGCCUUGAAUCACUGUUAGACUAGUGUUGAAGGUGUGUGUACAAUUUGACAAACCAUUGAAUUUGGCACCUCAUGGCGAUACAUUGGCGAGGGAUGAAGCAGACUCAACACAUCAGGCGUGAAUCACAAUGAUAUCAAUCUUUUCACGGAAGUAAUAAAUUAAACGUACUUAAAAGACACAUGUGCACUGGACAAUACAUAGUGGGGAUAACUUAUUGGUGUUGUUUGCAAUUAAAUUUGGCAAGAACCUUUUGUGUAAAAAGAUUUAAAAUUUUACAGUAGAUAAAAUUUUUGUAAUAGAUUUUUAAUAGUGUAGUCUUGACGUAGUGGUACAGCAUUAGUUUGUUUUUUGUAGGUUUCUGUGUACAGUGUAGAUGACUAGUUUAUGAACCCAAAACAUCUCUAAAUUUACUUUUUAUCUAGAUGUUGUCGAUGCAUAAAUCUGCUUCAGAAUGUUUCUUCUUCCACACACUCCACUCCAAUAUUACCAACUAAUACAACACACACAAGCUUCUCAGUCCCAAGAUUAAAGUACUUGUAAAAUUUUUCACACAGUGUCAUAAUGUGAACUGAUGAUUGACUGUAAACUGCAUGCACACCACACUCACAUUUGUACAUUAGCACCACACCACCACCACCACCACCACCAAACUGUACUGAAGCUAAACACCACUUGUAGACAUAGACUUUGCAUAGUUUUAAACAGCCGUACGUAGCUUCAAGUGAGAUGUCUACCACUUAAAAAAAAAUCUUAUGCAGCACAUCAUCGUGUGUACGGAUGUUAUUGACAAAGAUCUUGCCAUUUAUAAGAUCUUUGUUGAUGGUAAUAUUAUGAGCGAGGUGCCAAAUAUUUGUUAUCAUACAUAUUAAAAAGAUCCCUUACAAGAUGUUAUUUUAGAGUUGCAAUGAAGACCUACAACCUUUUGGGUGUACUGUGACUGACUAGAGCCUGUGAAGUAAUUAAAUUGUGGGGCAGUAAGGGGGUCAUGCAUGUGUGUGUGUGUGUGUGUGUGCACCAGUUACAGUACAAGUGGAGUAUGUUCCCAGCCAUUGUACUGUAUCAGGUUUGUGGGGAUGGCCGAUCACAUGGGAAGCCGAGUGAAGGGACUGUAUGGUGCCAAAUCAGUUCAUAGAGACAUUUGUUGUUACUCUCCAGUAGUUGUUUUGUUGUCUGUGUGUUUUGCAGCUGCAGCGUGACUAUUCUUGCCUCUCUGUAUUUGAUUGCGGUUGAAAGGUUAUACUGUUGUUAUUUAUGACAUAAUAGGAUGUGUGUCUGAGUGUGAGUGGGACGGAGGGAAGGUCUGGGUGUUGGAUAUUGGCUCCUGGUGGUAAGAAAAGAUUAAGAAUGUCAAGUUUAUAAUGUGUUCAGAAUUCAAAAACAGAAACAUAUUGGAAGCAAGUUGAUAGAAGUAAAGGAACAUAUGAUAUUAGGAGUUAUAAUGAACAUACGUAUAAUAAUUAGUGCAGGAUAAUGUAUACUUAAGGAAACCUAACUAACAUGACUGAUGUACAAGGGAACCACACACCACAUGACCAAACCCAUCACAUCCAAAUUGAUAUUAAAACCAAUCUGUUUAACAAGCAUUCCGUGGCACUCCUUCAUUCCAAGUGACUGUCAGCCUCUCUCUUCCAUUUCUCUCCCACAGCAAGCCUCUGAAAAUUGACUUCAGGCUUAAUAAUGAUGUAUUAAUGGAAACAGCAGGACAGGAAGUCAAUGUAGAAGUGAAGUUGUUUUUAAUGUGUUAUUUACUGAGAUGUAGAAAGCUGGAAUGCACUAUUGACAACUUAUAGCCUCAGAUUUUUAUAUAAUUUAUGUGUGUGUGUGUGUGUGUAUUUACCUAGUUUACCUAGUUGUGAAAUACAGGAAAAGUGUUUGUGCGUGUGUGCGUGCGUGAGUGUGUGCGUGCAUGUGUGUGUGUGUGUGUGUGUGUGUGUGUGUGUGUGCAUGCACAUCUGUGCAUACAUGCAUUCUAAUUGUAUGUAAAGGUAUUCAAAAUUAGACUUGUACGAGCAGUUUGUGUCAGAUUUAGUUAUUUAUACAUAUUAUUUCUUCCAACAUAUAAAGAUAUACAUAUUUCCUCUCAAGAAAUUAACUGCAAAUGACCAGCCGCUAACUUAUUUUUGUAUUCACUAAAGAAUGACUGACACCGGUAUGACAGAAAACAACUUACUUUGUUUUUUGCACUCAGUUUGUCAGAUGUUGCUGUCAUCAGGCAAACACCACCAGCAGGGCUUGGGAGCAAUAGUUGUCCUCUGUGUGGAGUGUAAUGUUAAGGGCGCCAGUUGUAGCAAAGUGAAGAUGGUGUUUGAAGUUUACCAUCAGCUUGUAUAGAUUACGUAUACUAAAGGUUUAUAUAUCAGGUAGUUGCACUGAAAAGACACUCAUCAUCAUUACUCUGUUGAUGAAACAUAAUAUGAAGUUUUGUUUAAGGUUUAAUAAUUAUGCUAACAUAAUAUAUUUUCCUAAUGUGACACAACUUCCAAGUGAAUAAUGUUUGUAUAAAAGCAGGACAAAGGAUACUGCCUAAGGCUCAGUACCUCCUCGGGCUGCAGUCCGUGUUGUAUGCUGCUCACAGAAACUUGUUUUAUGGGUAUAUAGUUUUUCUUCCUUGGCAUGAAUCAUAUGUUAGAUGCUGUGUGCAAAUGGGAGUAACAUUUUUUUCAACAUGAAUAGGAGUCAUAUACGGCAUAAUGAUAAACACAAGAAGUGGAGAGAGUCACUGUAAAAGAUUUAAAAGCAUGAGAGUGCUGUUUGGAGAUCUGCAUGAUUAUUGGGUUCCAAGCUUACUAAGUAAUUUUUUAAAUGCAUGAUUCCCAAGCAGAGGACAGUGCAGGGUGGUUCAUGUGUUCCUUGUGGUGUCCGUCUCUUACAUGGUCCCUCCAAGGCUUGCAUCAGCAGUCAUUUUACACACAUAAAAUCUUGCUCCCUGACGUUUCAUCCAUCCUGGGAACUGUCUGUAUAAGGGACGGUGUCAACAGUAAAGUAGUACCUGUUAUUUCCUUUCCCUACAUAGUCUUGGCUUUAUACAUAUUUUCCUUUUUGCUCCUUCCCUCCUUCACAUCUCUCAUUCUCAUACUCUUCCUCUUUCUGCUCUGCCUUCUCCUUAGCUGUCAGGCAAGAAGGAAUUUGUUGAAGGCUUAAGUACCUGUUAUUUCCUUUCCCUACACUCAGUCUUGGUGUUCUAUAGUACUUAUCUCUCUUUUUCUACUUCACAUCUCUCAUACCUGUACUCUUCCCCUUCUACUUUCUCCUUAGCUGUCGGGCAAAAAGGAAUGUAUUGAAGGCUAAACACGGCUGACUGUGCAAUAGUAAGUUAUGGAGCAGCAGAGAGCAAGGUGAAGCUUUAGGAUUAAGAUGAGGCUUGAAUGAGGACUGAAUGGGACGGGGGCUCUGUUUUGUGAAGCAAUGUUAUUCUUUCUCUGAGAGCUUUUGUACUUCUGUUGUUGUAUAAGGUGGGUGAGGGAUGUUGGUGAAUAUCUACCUGGUACAUUCCUUAGCAAUGAAGAAUGUAGUGGGCAUCGUGCUGGUCAUUAGGAGAAAGUGUGCACCAAGAAUGAAAAUACAUAAUGCACUUUUAUCUGGCGUCCUUUAUGCUCCUCAUAGCCUGUGUUAUAAAGAGCAUGAGCGGAGGAUGUCACUGAUUAUCUACAUUCCAUGGUGAUACAAGGUGUGAUGGUCUGUCUGAAAAACAUGCACACAAGAAACUAAGAAAAAGUGCCACAUAAAGCCUGGAACACACAGACUAUAAAUAUAUAAAUGUUUUGAGGUUUAUCUUCUUGAUGAUAAUCUUGUUGAAGUUUAUUUAAAGAUGUCAUUUAUAAUUUUAAGUCCUUCAUGAUGGUUAUUCAGUAUGGUGUUUAACUCAUAUUGUACUGUUUUAUUUAUUUUUCAUACAUAUUAGUGAGUAUUUAUACAUGGCACAGAUACUGAAGGUGUUAAGUGCAGGCUUUGUUAAAAUAUGUUUCCUUAUGUACAUAGAUUAAUUUGAAUGUUCAUGAAUUUAGUUUUUACUUCUCUCACAUCUCAAGUGGUAAUGAUAAAAAGAAAUAAUGAGUGACAUUUAAAUUUUCAUAAGGUUUAUACAUUUUCUUCUACAUGUAUGAAAUUUCUUAACCAUUCACUCAUCUGGUAUGUUUGUACUGCCACUCGUCCUUCCAUAACAACGCAAAUAAGUAAUGUGCAAUAAAUUAACUUAAGUUAGUUAUAAGUAAUGCAAAAAAAUGUACACACAGCUGCAGUUCUCACCAUAACAUUAAUCCCUCAGUUCUCACAGGAGGAACACACACCACUAGGUCUGAGUGAGAAAAUAAACACAUUAGUAAUCACUUAGAAUUAUGGGAAAACUAAUCAUACUAAUUACUUUGUGUAUGAAAAACUCAAACCUUACCAUUGCUAAUAAGUUUGUAAUUCAUUAAGAUAGUAAUGUUGUCAUAAGGUCAUUUGUCAAGUAGAAUGACACAAUUUAAAGCUAUAUUUUGCAACACAAGUCCUCUGAGACUCGUGUGUUUUUGCACAACCCCAAACCAGUGCUCACAUGUUUGUACCUCUCAGUGACAGAGGCUUCUGUCACCUGUUUAUGAUAGACCUCUUUCCAAGGUUUAUUUUUGCUCCCCAGGUGUCAGGUCUGUGCUUUGAGGGCAGAAAGUAUCUCACUGUUAUUCAAGUCAGAACGGGCACUUCAUGUUUCUUUAAUAUGUGAAGAACCUCAUCAAAAAAUUUAUUGAGUAUUUGGCAUUGAUGAAAUUUAAAAUUACUUGAGUUUGAUUCCCUUAAUUAGCCACGCUGAGCAGCAGCAGCAAAAACAAAUGUUCUGUUAUGCCAACAAUAGCUUCAUUUUUUUACUUCUAAUCUACAUAUGAAAUUUUUUUCAAAUGAAAACCUUCAUUACUAAUUUUUCAGUAAUUAUCAAUUAGUUAUAACAUGAUAAUGAAAAAAACAUAUGGUUGCACUUUCCUUGACACAGCCUAAAGGAAUGAUAUAUCUGUGCAUAAUACAAUACAUCUUCCAUCUGGGAGCAGAAUCUGGAGACUGGAAGGUCUGUUCUUUAGCAGAGUCAAAUCACACAAUAUGGGCUGACAUAUGUACUUAAAGAAUUCACAGAGACCCUGGCUAGGGAGUUUAUUUCAUGAAAAUAUUAGAGGACUUAUUUUUGUGUGUGACUGAUACAACUUGUUUAUGGCAUGCAGCUGAAGAUGAUUAGGAACCCUCAUUGGCUGCUAAGGAUGGCAAGCGAUAGUUUGACCAAAGUUGACAAAAUAUCCUUGUAUGGAAUGUUAUGAAGAGACUGGUUAUAAAAGUUUUGAUUUUUUAAGAGGCAAAGAAAAAAAAUGGGAAGCUGAAAGCCAGUGUCUAGAGGGAGGAUAGGAGGAGAAAGAAGAUGCAAUGUUGAAUAGGCUGGUUCAAAAGGCAAGAGGUAAAAAGGAAAGACUGUGUUUAGGUGAUUGUGUAUGUAUGAUUACAACAUCCUUUGUUCAGUUGAAAAGUUACAGAGCUUAAAGGUUGGAAAGGUGUGACAAAAAAGGUUGUUUGGAACAGGAAGGUAAAAUGUAUAAUGUUGACCAGGACAAACACUUCUGCAGAUGAACUGUCUGAAAUAUUAAUUAUUUGUUUCCUUUAUUUAUUCUGUUGGGGUAGUAGAGAAGGUAUGGUGUAGGAUUAUAUACUAUAUUACUGUUUUUCAAAAGAAUACUUUGGGAUGUGGAAAGUGAAAAUUCCAGGUUUCUGUAUGUUCUUCAUCUGAAUUAUUAUUUGAUUUAACACUUUUUUGUGGGGGAAUAAUUUGGGAAGUGGGAGGCAAAGCGAGAAGGCCAGGCAGACACCCUCAGACACAGCUCUGUCACUCCCACCUCAAGGAAGAGAAAGACAGAGGAAGGAUGGGACAUUGUCAAGAAGAACAUAGUGGUCAAAAACUCUUCAUUCACCUCCUCCUCUUCAUCUGUUUUGACCAUAUUUUUAUAACUUAGACUCUUCCGCUUAUCACUGCAUCAUCCUUCGGUACAUUACCGCGGCUUUUCAAUGCAUCACCGUGUCUCUCUUCCUUGACCUUACCAUUUGCCCAAUCUCACCAUAGUGCCAUAUACCCUCUAUUAGUGCUGGAAAAUUCGUAUCAGUCAUAUAAUGCAUUUGCUUAAAUCAUUUGCAUUAGCUCAGCAUCUGUUCCUCCCCACUUGAAUACAGUUUUCAUACAGCCACUUAAAACAUAUUUGAUUAUUUUCUCUCAUUCUCCAUCCCAGAGUUGGGUGGAGCAAUGCGAUGAUAUUCUGCUGACUCAUAUGCUCCACACAGCUUUUAGGAUAGAGAAUGAGAGGAAAGAGAUUUAUUAUGUGGAUAUAUGAGAAUUGGAUUAAACUGGGGAGGAGAGGAAAGAGAUUUAUUAUGUGGAUAUAUGAGAACUGGAUUAAGCUGGGGAGGAGAGGAAAGAGACUUAUUAUGUGAAUGUAUGAGAAUUGGAUUAAACUGGGGAGGAAUAGAUGCUGACUUAAUAUAAAGGGUUUAACAAAAUACUCUUCUUCUUCUUCCGCAGCAUUAUUAUCCCGUUUCUAUACAGGGUUUAACAAAAUACUCUAUACAACUGAUCUGAAUUCUCUGGCACUACACUCUGAUGCCUGGCACACUUUAUUCCCCUAUCAAUCCAAGCACUUAUGAGACUGGUGGGAAAUGUAGGACAGGAAGGCUAGAGGCAGACACUUCAUAACCCAAGAUGCAUAAUACACCCCAAGAUGGAGAGGAGGAGGAAGGGCAGGAUAUAAUGUGAGGGAGUUGCCUGCCAGAGUGUCACAAGUGUUCCGUUUGCACUGCUGUCGCCUGCGUUUGUCUGUCAUGGGCCACAGUAGUGUUGAUCCACCCUCGCCAACCAGGUUAUGAUGACAAUUGUUUAAUUAUAUAUAUAAUACUGAUAGUUAAUAUUUUUUCACACAUUAAAAGGAAGAAAUUA